CUUGGCCGAAGCUCGCAGCCAAUCAGAGAGCCGCCGUGUGUUUGAGUGACACGGAUACCCUGGCAGGAGUCAGGAAGUGGCUGCCUGGAUGCUGCCAGUUGUUCUGUGUCUGCUGGAAGGAACGCAUUGCCUGCACCAUGGCCAGCGGGGAUAAGACCACCUACCACACCCUGGAGGAGAUACAGAAACACAACCACAGCAAGAGCACCUGGAUCAUCAUCCACAACAAGGUGUACGACGUCACCAAGUUCCUGGAAGAGGUAGGUAUGGCUGGCUGGCUGGCAGUGAUGGUAUGUUGCUGGUGCUUUCACUGGGAUCAGGUGUAGCUAGCCCUUUAAAUCAUAGACAGCGUGCUUUAUUUAUAGAGUGCAUUGAGAGAGAAUACUAUUAUAAGUACACCCUACCUGAAAGACAUGUACUGUAUAUAUUUAUAAAAACUAUGUAUUGCAUUGGUAUCAAAGCUGUUUGCAUGAUGGACUACAUAUCUCACAAUGCUCAGCCAUCCAUACACAGUAAUGGUUUAUACAGGUUUGUGUGUAUCUUUAAAUCACCACCCACUGUUGAUCAGCAUGUUGGGUCACUUGUAAACAAAACCAGAGAAUAUGAGACUCUUUAAAACAAGUUCCAGAAUGGCAUCUCUGUGAUACAGGGUCUGAGAGAUGUAACAGAACAAAGUAGAUGAAUUGAAAGUAAAGCUGAUUCAGAUAGACAGAUAUUUUAGUAAAGAGAUACUAUUGGCAUCCACACGAUCUUAAUAAAGUGAUCUGGGUGCGGUGCUCCUGUCAUUUUAGACUUGCAGUGUAAAACCUAGUUGUUUAGUAGAUAAGGCAGUGUUUUUUUUCUUCCUGACAGCCACUAGAGGUUAUUCUGCUGUAAGAACACCCACACACACUUGCAUGCAUGCAUGCACACCAGCUUGUGCACACCCUUGCACGUCUGGUCUGAGGUCUGUGAGGGAGGGGGAGGCAUGUCUCAUAAAUAUCAGCACUUUUAUAAACUGUGGCUAAACUAUGAUACUCCACAUCCAUAAAGCACUUCAGCAAGAUUAAUUGCUUUUGGGGUGUAGAGUGUUCCUUUUAAUUGCCUUGCCAGAUCCUACAGCAGGCACAUUUUGUGUGAUUAUAUUUCAAUCAACCUAGCAGGGGAUAAUAACUUCUAAAGUAAUCACACUGUACUAUAAAAAAAUGAAAUCUCUUAUUUUCAUGGAGGCUGUGUGAGUUUAACAGCGAGGGUAAUAAAAGCAUUUAAUUCCUAAAUGGCAGAGAAUUGAGCUGUGAGACUUACAUGACACAUUUUCAUCUGCACUAUAAGACGACCUAAACAAACACUCUGAGAACCAGAACUACAGCUUUAUAUAGUGGUUUUGCUAAGAGCCUGUCUCUGCAACCUGGUAAAUAUAAAAACUGCAAUUUCCAUAAGGACAUUACAAGUGCCUUCAUUUUUCUUAGUUUAUUACAUUUAAUAAAUUGUUUGUGUUUUUUUUAGUUAUUUUUUUUUUGAGAAAAUGUCACUUUUAAUCAACCUAACUUUGCUGCUGUUGUAGGUUCACACGCGACAAUCAUAGCAGCAGGCAAGUUAGGUUGAGCCGCAGUACUAAAAAAACGAGAAGUGAACAAAGUGUAUUCCUGACCCUAUAGUGCUAGAAACACUAUUUAGGUGGCCUUCCCCCUUUUUUUUUCUUAAUAGGGUUAAAUCUUACUUUUAUUCCAGCACCGCACCAGUCCAAUUUCAUCCAAUCUAAUUUUUUCCCAUGGGAAAGCAUUGGACUGGCUGAGAUUGUCAAUACUGAUGAUCUCAACCAAGGGGGGUGGGGUGGAGCCAAAUACAGCACUGGCCAAUCACCAUCUCCUCAUAGAGAUGCAUUGAAUCAAUGCAUCUCUAUAGGGAAUGUUCAGCGUUUCCAUGCAGUGUGUGUAGAUGCUGACUGUUAACUACACUAAAAUAAAUUAUACUUGUCCAAGGAUGGUCAUACAAUUCAGGAAUUCUGGCAAGGCUAGCUGCUGUAAUCCAUCAUCCCGUUCUUCAGUGACUAAUCUUUUAGUGGAGCCCUCCUAAAUCCCUUAUAGAAGAAGAGAGCAAGUGAUAGCUGCCACAGGAGCUGGCCCUAGGCAGCUAUAUAAACACUGCCUUUUCUCUAAAAAGGCAGUGUUGAUGUGAAAAUGCCUGCAGGGACAUACUAUAUACACCAGAACAACUACAUUAAGCUGUAGUUGUUCUGGUGACUAGUGUCAUUUAAACAUUGUGGUGUUCCUUUAAUUGAAGGAACCUAUCAAAUUUGUGGCAAUUAGGUAGGGAUCAACCAAUUAUCGGUCUUUUCAGCAAUAUCGGUAUCGGCAAAUAGAGAUACCGAUAUUGCCGAUAAUACAUACCAGGACCGCCGGGCACAUUACAAGCCCGGCGGUCCUGGGGGGCCCAGCAAGCGCUUACUUACCUUCCCAGCAGCUCCCCUGUGUAAAUCUUGCGAGUCCCACGGUCGGCACACAGGCCGCGAAAUUUAUACAACGGAGACGCUGGGAAGGUAAGUAAGUGCUUGCUGGGCCCCCACUGCACAGUCCAAGCCACCGGACCACCAGGGAAGGCUAUAUCCCCCUUCCCUGGCCAAGCAAGAAGCAGGGAGGGGGGACUAUAUUUAAAAAUGCCUCCCCCCUCCCUCCCCAUUUUACCCAAAUAACAUACCUACAGAAACACACACUCUGCAUUCACUAUAUAUACUGCAUUUAUUAUACACACUGCAUCCACUACACAGACACAGCUUCCCUGUCUAAACACACUGCAUCUACUACAUAUGGUAUGUAUAUUUUGUGCAUUUACCUUUAGAAAUAGGGUUUUUUUUUUUCAAAAUGGUAAAUGUACAGAAUAUCAGUAAGCGAUCGGCCUGAAGGUUCACAGAUUAUCGGUAUCGGGUCUAAAAAAAUCAAUAUUGGUUGAUCCCUACAAUUAGUUUCCACUUUGUGUUAUUUAAAUAGUAGGAAUGUACAAACUAUUUGUAUAAUAAAUUUGUAAGCACAUAAAAAAAGUAAUAUAAUAUACUAAUAUAUGAUGACAUGUUUGCACUGCUAUUUUUUUGCAAUACAGUACUUAAAUGCACGUUUUUGUUCCUUCAUAGUUGAGUUUUUCUUGCAAGAGUGGUUGAGAAUGCAUUGCAGACCAAAUCAAAUGAAACAGUUCAUACAUUUUGUAAUGAUUGCAGCAGUGAUGUCUCCUACUUGAAUGCAUAGCAUAACUUCCAACGUUUUAAACUGAGGGGCACUUCAAUUUUGGGGGGGUGAGAGUGGAGGAGUGGCAGGGCUGUUCUUAGAAAGUGUAUGUGACUUACGAAUAACAAUUUAUGCAACUAAAAUUCAAUUUAUAACCAUAAUAAGGACUAUUAUUUACACAGAUAGCUAAAUACAUUUAUUGGUGUUUAAAGACACAUUACUGUGAGUAUUCUUACCGCCAAACACACCAAUAAUGCGGAACUCCUAGAAAAGCGGGACAGAGGGAUCAAAAAUUGGGUCAAAAAUAGGGACUGUCCCUUCUAAAUAUGUACAGUUGGGAGGUAUGGCACAGCCAUGUGUUAGUUUCAAGUGAACAUUAAAGGAUCACUAUAGGGUCAGGCACACAAACUUGUAUUCCUGACCCUAUAGUGCUAAACCCAACAUAUAGGUGGCUUGCCCUCCCCUUCCCCCCGCCCCCUGUAAAAGUCUAAAACUCCCCUUAUUUCCAGUGCUGCGCAGGUCUGCUGGCCCUGGCUCCGCCCCCUUUGGGACAUCAUCAAAAUGGCAGAUUUUUAGCCAAUCCUAUGGGAAAGCAUUGGAUUGGCUAAAAUCAGCAUGGGGGGGGCAGGACCAAAUACCGUUUUGGCCAAUGUGGACCUCCUCAUAGAGAUGCAUCUCUACGAUAAAAAUUCAGCAACGCUGAACGGCAGGGCUGCUUACUGGGCAGCCCUGAGCCAUGAAGCCCCUCCAGUGGCCAUCUGAGAAGUCGCCACUUGGAGGUGUCCCUAGGGGCAAUGUGAACACUGCCUUUUCUCUGGAAAAAGCAGUGUUUAUAUGAAUAUGCCUGAAGGGAGCUAUUAUACUUACCAGAACAACUACAUUAAGCUGUAGUUGUUCUGGUGACUAUAGUGUCCCUUUGAACAUGUAAUGUUGUAUAAAGUUUUGUUGAGUGUAAAGUUCAUAGUUGCAUUGUGUCAUCUUGUGUGCGUGCUUAAGUGACAAGUAAAUGCUUGCUCAGCAUUGGAUGCAUGUGUUAAACAUAAAAGACUUCAAAGAAAAGAUCUUGUAGCGAUUGUUGCAUACUGUAAUCUUAAUGAUUUUCUCUUUGCAAGUGGAGUGACCGCUAUUAGUAGAACAUGUCAGUGGAGACCUGAGUCUUAAAGGACCACUAUAGUGCCAGGAAAACAUACUCGUUUUCCUGGCACUAUAGUGCCCUGAGGGUGCCCCCACCCUCAGGGUCCCCCUCCAGCCGGGCUCUGGGGAGAGGAAGGGGUUAAACUUACCUCUUUCUCCAGCGCCGGGCGGGGAGCUCUCCUCCUCCUCUCCUCCUCCAUAGCAACGUCAUCAGCUGAAUGCGCAUUCAGCCAGUUCAUAAGAAAGCCUUUACAAUGCUUUCCUAUGGACGCUGGCGUCUUCUCACUGUGAUUUUCACAGUGAGAAGCACGCUAGCGCCUCUAGCGGCUGUCAAGAGAGAGCCACUGGAGGCUGGAUUAACCAUAUUAUAAACAUAGAAGUUUCUCAUUAAGCUGAAGUGGUCUGGGUGCCUAUAGUGGUCCUUUAAUAUUGGCUUUUUUGUUUUCUUUUUUGUUGCAUUUAAUCUAUGAAUGCUGAACUAAUGCUUUAGGUUCUUUCUUUCUGUCUCUUAGGUUGGUUUGUUUAAUGGAUAAUUUUAGGGUGGUUUAUAUGUAUUCAUUAUUUGCGCAAAUACACUAAAAUAAAUUUUAUACUUCUCCAGGGAUAAUCUUGCAAUUCAGGAAUUCUGGCCAGGCUAGCUAUUGUACUCCAUCAUCCUGUUUUUUUGUUUUUUUCCUAGGAUCAGUGACUUAUAGUCACCAGAACACCUACAGCUUAUUGCAUUUGUUCUGGUGAGUAGAAUCAUUCCCUUCAGGCUUUUUACUGUAAACACUGUCUUUUCAGAGGAAAUGCAGAAAAUUCAGAGUGUGCAGCCCUGCCAUCCAGUGUCUCGAUCCUCUGCAUGGAGACACUGAACUUUCCUCAUAGAGAUGCAUUGAUUGGUCAGGACUGUGUUUGGCUUGUACUGGCUCUGCCCCGAUCUGCCUCCUUGACAGUCUUAGCCAAUCUUAUGCUUUCGUAUGGGAAAGCAUUCUUAUUGGCUUUGAUCAACACUUCUGAUGGUGUCAACCAAGCAGGCAGAGCCAACAGCAGCAGACUGGAAUAUAGUUAAGAUUUUAUUGUGUUUAGGGUAAGGAUUGAACGAUUAUCGGUCUGGACGAUAGUCUGUAUUUUUGGCAAUAUCGGUAUCGUCCAGUAAAGAUACCGAUAUUGCAGAUAAUUCAUACCAGGACCGCCAGACCCAUGACAAGCCCAGCGGUCCUGGGGGGCCCGCAGCAAACCCAAAUUACAUACCUGCACAAAAACACGCUCUUGCAUUCGUAUACACACACUACACAAACACACACACACGGUCUGCAUUCGUAUACACACACUACACAAACACAUGCGCUCUGCAUUCGUAUACACGCACUACACAAACACACACGCUCUCUUCAUUCGUAUACAUGCACUACACAAACACACACGCUCUGCAUUCGUAUACACACAUUACACAAACACGCGCUCUGCAUUCACUAUAUACACACUCACUCUGCAUUCACUAUAUACACACUACACAAACGCGCGCACACAUACACACUCUGCAUUCACUAUACACACACUACACAAAUGUGCGUAUACACGCACUACACACACACGCUCUCUUCAUUCGUAUACAUGCACUACACAAACACACACGCGCUCUGCAUUCGUAUACACACACUACACAUACACACACGCGCUCUGCAUUCGUAUACACACACUACACAAACACACGCUCUGCAUUCACUAUAUACACACUCACUCUGCAUUCACUAUAUACACACUACACAAGCGCACACUCUGCAUUCACUAUAUACACACUACACAAGCGCACACACACUCUGCAUUCACUAUACGCACACUACACAAAUGCGCGCACACACUCUGCAUUCACCAUAUACACUACACACACUGCAUUCACUAUACACACACUACACACACACACACACUACAUUCACUUUAUACACCCUACACAAAUACACACUGCAUUCACUACAAAAAACACACAGAUUCCCUGUAUAAACACACUGCAUCCACUACAUGUGGCAUGUAUAUUUUGUGCAUUUACCUUUAGAAAUAGUUUAGUUUUUCAAAAUGGUAAAUGUACAGAAUAUCGGUAAGUUAUCGGCUAUCGGCCUGGAAGUUCACAAAUUAUCGCUAUCGGCUUUAAAAAAUCAAUAUCGGUCGAUCCCUAGGAAGGCAAGGAGGUCAGGGGGCUAGAUGGUGUUUUUAACAUUAUAGGGUCAGGAAAACCAUGUUUGUGUUCCUAACCCUAUAGCGUUCCUUUAAGUGGAGUCCUAAAUCUCUUAUAGAAGAAGAGGGCCGGCAGUACAAUCUGUUUCUGCAGCCCUUACUGCUUGGAUACCAUAUGAUUUACCUGGGGUAACUCUAGUCUUCCUUCCAUUUAUGAUUUAUGUCUAAAGCAUUCAUAUUUGGAGGAAAUUUGUUGAAAGAGAAGAUAAGCUAUUAUGGCAGGAUGUUUAAAUGCAGUAGUGCAUAUGUGUUGCCAGGCUGUGUGUUUGCAUACAGGGCAGCAGUAUGGGGGUGAGAGAGAGAAUAGUGAUGGUUUUUGGUUUGUGUGUAGUUAAAUUGUAAACAUAGGAUCUGUAAUUUUUGUGCACCAAUUGCAAAUCCUGUAUGUAUAACGUGAUCGCAAAUGUUAAAAAAUAUUAAUUCAAUGUAUGUUUAUCUCAAAGAUCACUUCCUCCUCAUCACACUACCUAUACCAAUCUGUUACACCUCCAAAUGAAGAAUGGCAGCCUAAUUCUUAUCCUAAUGUUGCACUCCAUAUUUUGUAUACUUUACGGAAAUUACUAAUUAAAGUGCUCUGGGUGCAGUGUACCUGUUCCUUUACCGUGUAAUUUAAAAAAAAUACAGUUUUAAAGAAACUGCACUGUUUACAUUGCAGGGUCAAAGCUGCCUCUAGUGGCUGUCUACCAAACAGCCACUAGAGGUGUUUCCUGCAGUUUACAGAGUUUAACUCUGUGAAACAACGCUGGGCGUCCUCACGCUUUGCAUGAAAAUGUCCAACGUUUUACAAAUCCCCAUAGGAAAGCAUUGAAUCAAUGCUUUCCUUAUGGAGAAGACCUAAUACAUGCAUGGCGCGUUGGAGGAGAAGACAAAGCAAUCGUCCAGGUACCUCUGCGCUAGAAACAGGUAAGUUGUAAACAAACCAAAAAGGAAAUAAUCUUUGAUACCCUUUUAAGACAGACUUUAAAAUAAGUUUGUUGAUCUAAUCUCUUGGUUACAUCAGUUUGAUUGCAGGCUUUAUGUAAACUUUAAACUGAGUACAGAAGUGUAGCCAAAGGUAAAGCAAGUUUAUGCUCCAAGGACAUUUCGGGUUUUGUCUUCUGAAUGCUGCCAAUAUACACGGUCUUUGUACUGCUACACAAGUAUCCACAAUUAUGCCCUACUCAAGCACAUAUUGAUACAUUUUAUACAUGGUUUAUAGUAUUGGACAUAGAACUACUUUUAAUAUUGUUAAAUGGCUUAUGUGCUUAUUUUUACAGUACAUGUAUUUUUAGCCUAGAUUUAAUAUGACUUUUUUUUUUUCUUAUGCCAUUUAAUUUGGGUAACAAAUAUUUUAAACAUUGCUAAUAGUUCUUUUGAGCACCUUUUCCUAGUGUGAUAAUGAUUUAUUUUUUAAUUUCUAUUAAAAAAACAAGUAAAACAAAAAGAAAGCUAAUAAAAAGUCAAUUUAAAGGACUUUGUUAAUACAGUGCUUUGCAGUUAUUGUAAGGAUAGCAUUAAGUACAGUGGUAGAAUUUAUUAUUAUUUUUAUUAUAUUCCAUUUUAUUUUGGGUCUGUUUUUCUCUUCCCUCUCUACAUCUCCUUUGUCAAAACUGGAGCCAAGGAGAGCCGUUGGGCAGGGUUGCUCCCAGGCUUCUGUUCUAACAAUUUUGACAAAGCAGGAGUGGAGGAGGCAGAGAGAUGUGGCACAGGAGAGGAGACUUUGGGGUGGUACCAUUCGUGAAUGGUUUGACCUCUUAAGGUAAAGCAGCGCCUGCGAUCUCCUGGCACCAUAACAACUUCCUUUUUGUUGUUUUGGUGCCCAAACUGUUCUUUUUAAUAUACACAUAAUGUAUGAUUGUAUAAACAUGUUUUUAAGGCGUUUACAUUCUCUAGCAACUGGGAGGUUAAAAAAAGCCUGCAGAUAUAACACCGUAAGCUGUGAAGGAGCCCAUUAAAGGAAAAAUAUUGGCACCCAGACCACUUCAGCUCAUUGAAGUAGCCUGGGUGCACGGUCCCUGUCAGUUUAAUCCUGCAAUAAUAAUUAUUGCAGUUAUUGAGAAACUGCAAUAAUUACCUUGCAGGGUUAACUCUACCUCUAGUGGCUGCCUGCCAGACAGCAACUAGAAGCACUUUUGGUCGCUUAACUGAUGCUGGACGCCCUUUACACUAUGCAUGAGUACAUUCAGCGUCGGCUAAAACCCCACAGGGAAGCACUGAUCCAAUGCUAUUCUAUGGGCUUGUCCUAAUGCAUUCCCGGCUCUUGACGCACAUGUGCAUUAGGUCCCUGAAAUCGGGGUUGGAGAAGCAAAGGCAGAGGGAAAUCUGUGCUGGAUUCAGGUAAGUGACAAAAGGGUUUUUAAACCUUUCUGCGCUGGGGCGGAUAUAGACUAGGAAUACAAUGGUUUCCCUUUUUUGGUAAGGGAAGGUGUGAACUUCUGCUACAGCAAUUAAUUAAUUAAUAAAUUUAAAAAGAGGCGCACCUCGCAGCUGGGGUGAUCUACGGGAAGGGCCCGGUGCACGUCCAGAGUUGCCGCCCACGCGCUGGUCCACCGGCCUCUCCCCCCGCCUCCCUGUGGAUGGGAAGGGGGGGAGAGGAGGCCGACGCAGCCCUUGGAGCCAAUCCUUAUCCUGAGGUUAUACACAACUUAUACGGGAAGAUGGGUACGUCUUUGAGCCUAUGAAAGGAGCAAAUGUUAUGGUUUUUUAUUUAUUUUAGCAAAUGCCGAUUUUUCUUUUCUCUUUUGCAACAGUUUAUUAAAUGCACUUUUGGACAACAUUUUCCUUUUGAGUUACUUUUAUUUGUUUAAAUCAGCACUUUUUCUCAUAGAUCUACAUGUGUCCUUCAUAAAUCUUUUAUCUUUUUAUACUUGUGGAAUUACAGCUGUCUAUAGAAUUAGAUAUUUCUUCACUUUGAUGAAUAUCUGUGUGAUACUAUAGUGCAAGGUUGCUACAUGUUGUCCUUGUUCAGAUUAAUGGAUGAAACCAACUCCAAGAAACUAGUCUCUGUAAGAUAUUGUGCAUUCUGAUAGAAAAAAACCACGGUAAUGUCUCUUGCCCAAAGAAAGAAUGAAUUAGUCUUUAUAUAGAGUCUUACUGACUAGUGAUUUAUAUAGAGUCUUACUGACUAGUGAUUUAUAUCAAGAUUUAAACAGACCUGGUGUUUGCAUGUGUCUUAUAGCAUUUCAAGGCAAAAAGCUGCACAUACAGACUUGAGGCACCAUGACCACUUCAAAUCAAUUAAAUGGUCAUCGUGCUUUUUAUUGAACGUAUUGUGGCAGUUUCUGAGUUGCCAGUGAUUUUUCAACUGGCAAGUUGCCCAAUACAGGUUUGGUUUGUCUGCUUAUUGCAUUCAUUGCCUCAUGCUAAGUGACGUGUUCAAAAGGACUUUGGGCUCUUUGAAAGUUCAGAAUUCUGAGUUUGGAAUAUGUAUUGAUCAUUGCACAACCUCCUCUUUAGUACUACAUAUUGCCUUCAGCCUUAUAAUGUGUUAUGCAUCAAACCAAAAACCUGAGUGAGAAGAAUAGUGGCCAAGUACACACCGUAUACAAACAAGAUCAGUAUUGUGCUGAAUAAAACUUGAAUUACCCACCCCACCCAUCAUCAACUGAAUCCACAUUUAUAGCACAUAAUCCCUUACACUUUACUAAACCGGAUUAUUCAGUACAGUGUGGAUUGUAAUUUAACAUUUUUAAUUCACUUUGAAUGCACAGUAAUUCACUCUUGUGAAUAAACUGUAAAGUGAUAUUUUGUAAUAGUUAAAGAUGAUCUCUAUUUAUCAGGUCAUUUAGCAGAUACAAUUAUACAAUGUCUGAUCUACUUUAUAUGUGUAUGCCUGUAUCUAUACAUCUCAUUGUAUGUACAGGAUUUCAUAUUGAAAUACUGCGCACACACACUCCUUGCACCAUGACCACGUCCUAAAGUAGUUAUGGUGCUUGGAAUAGCAUAGGUGUGUGUGUAUGUAUGUAUGUAUGUAUGUAUGUAUAUAUGUACAUGUUAAAAGGCCAAUAGACCUGUAUUUGUGGGAGGAGUUGUGUCCUCCACUUAAACUCUCAGCCCCUACUCACCUCUGCCGUUCACGCUGAUUGACUCACCAUAGCAACCAGCACUUCCAGUCCGAGAUUCCCGCCAAACAGUUCCUGUCGCCUGCAGUGUCCACUGCUUCUGACCUCCGGUCCUUCCACUUGGCUUCUCCUCAGACUCGGUACCCGGCUUCCGCUCACGCGACCGGCACAUACAUGCAAGCACCACAUGGGAAAAAAACGUUCGGUUAUUUCCCACGUUCAGGCCUAAAAACUCUGGGAUAGGCUCCCUUCUUACUGUAUAUUACCCGUUUGUGUAUUUUUCUGUUCCUGCGGUAAAUCAGUCGACCGCUACCUGUGUAAUGCAUUCGUUACAUUCAUCUGUUAAUGUGGUAAAUUAGUCGACCGCUGACUGUCUUUUACAGCCACAGCCAGAAAGGCCGAGCUCUAUAGACUGCUGACCGCUCAAGCCAGUGAUCCCAGGCCCGGCACAAGAAGGGAGGAACUGGACUUAUACAUGCACAAAGUGGUUGACUUAGGCAUCAAAUAUGGGGGUUCCUCAUUCUAUGAUUACCACAAAUCAGUGUCGGCCAAGAAAGCAACUAAUCUGGCCCAAUUUAACAUCAGGAUAGAUUGGUGCCAGAUGGACACGGAGUUGUUCUGCCGACACUUUUCUGGAUUGAGGCCCCCGUCCUGCGCUGCUUGUAGUUCUACGUCUCAUUCCACAGAUUUGUGCCCCUGUGAGGCAGACCCUUCCUCUUCCCACCACUCCUUCAGCUCACACACUUGUCAAGAAAGCAGGCAGAGGGACAAGUUGGGCAGACCCAUUGUGUUUUUGGGCAAGGCGCAGGUGUGCAACAAUUUUAAUGCUGGCGUCUGGGCUAAUUCUCCCAUACAUGUAGCUGGCAAUACCCUAGAUCUUAUUUUUGCAAAUGCACACUCAGUCUCCAAUCUCUGUAAUACUCCAUUUCCUCUAUCAGACCACCACCUUCUAUCAUUUGUUCUCGCGUUCCCUCCACACCCAAUACCCUUAACCUAACCCUCCCCCUCCCCCCCUGCAACUCAGGAGGGGAAUUCUCUUGACCUCCAGCAACUCUCAGCUGAUCUCCAUUCCAAACUCUCAUCCAUCCCUGCCUUUUCAUGUCACUCUCUGGCAACAUCCUCAUAUAAUGCUACCCUCACCUCUGCCCUUGACGCUGAAGCCCCUCUCCAAGCACUCUCCUCAAGGAGGGCAUGCAUCCAACUGUGGCACACUAAGUCAACCCGCUACCUGCAGAGAUGCUCCCAUUCAGCUGAAUGCUACUUAAGGAAGUCUCGAACCUUGUCAGACUUUCUAUACUAGUGGUUCGCAAACCUUUUAGAUUCAAAGCACCCUUAAUAUUUCAAUAUUUGUCCAUUACGUUCUAGUGGUUAUGGUGCCAGUAGUGCCCUCCCAGGUCAAGUAGUCAAACUGUUUAAGAACAGUUUGACAACUUAUCUGGGGUCUUCCGGUAUAGGGGCUGUAGUGUGUGUGUGUGUGUGUGUGUCUGUGUACAGGGGUGGAUUGUGUUUGUGUGUGUGUGUGCGUGUGUAUGGGGGUAAUUGUGUGGGGGGGGGGGUAGAAGGGCAAAAUAUUAUUUUUAUAUCUAUAUAUAUAUAUACAAAACAAAGCAGGCUGCACUCACGGACUUUCAAACUUCAAGUGUAAUUUUAUUCCAUCCAAGAAACAAAAACGAUCAACGUUUCGGCCCACGCAGGGGCCUUCAUCAGGAUCAAACAGUACAAAUACAAUCUAUAACUACCUCAAAUAUAUACCUAAUAGCAUUAAUCAUGAGUAACUUACCCCAGGUGAUGAAACUAUAUAUAUAUAUAUAAUCUCAAAAAGGAAAGAGAUGCAUAUCCAGCGUGGGAUUGCACCAAGGCAGUCUUUUACUGAUUCAUUGAAAGGGUGAGUGCCACUAUACGUGUGUAAUAGUAAUAGUAAUAUUUAUUUUUUAAGUUAAAAAUAAAAAUGAUGUCCCCCCCUCCCUGCUUACCUUUGCCUGGGUGGGGGGACAUUUCCUGCAAUCCCUGGUGGUGACUGUGACCUCUAGCAGCCUCAGCAGCUGCUAGAGUUCACUCUCAUGAGAUUCUGAGCAUUGCCUUAGUAAGCGUGAAAACUCUGAGCUCGCGAGAGGAGAACCCGGCGGAGCUGCAGAUUAGAGCUCCCCGGGUCCUCUCUCCCUCCCUGCCGGCUGUCAGCAAAGUGCUAGCGGGCCAAAGAGCCGGCAAGGGAGAGGGAGGCACAUUUCCCAAUGCUAUAAUCAUAGCACCGGGAAAAUAACUUGCGGCUCCCCUGUGUUCUACAUUAUAAAUUUGUCUUGCACUCAUACAGUGCAGCCCUCACUCUUGCUAAACAGUCCUACUUUUCUUUUCUCAUUAAUUCAUGCUCCUCCAAUCCUAGGCAUCUCUUUAAAACUUUUAACUCUACUCUUCACCCUGCUGUAGCCACCCCACAAACAAAUCUUUCAGCUGAUAGUUUUGCACCUUACUUUACUGACAAGAUUAAACUGUUAAGGAAUGAAUUCUCCCCUCUCUAUCUCAACCUCACUUGAACCAUACCAUCCCUACCCUCCAAGACUUCCCUCCAGCUACUCAACAGGAGGUAUUUGCACUUCUCCUCUCCUCUCGUCCCACCAGCUGUCCGCUUGAUCCAGUCCCUUCCCACCUCAUCAGCGCUCUCACCCCUUGUCUUGCACCAUUCUUAACACACAUCCUAAACUGCUCUCUUUUAUCUGGUGUUGUCCCUGCUCCCCUUAAGCAUGCUACUGUUGUACCCAUCCUAAAAAAGUCAUCCCUGGACCCAUCUUCCAUUUCUAACUAUCCCUAUAUCCUUGCUUCCUUUUUCCUCAGAGCUUCUCAAAAGACUUGUUUUUAAUCGUACGACUCACUUCCUAAAUUCCAACUCCCUCUUCAAUCUGGCUUACACCCCCUCCACUCUACUGAGACAGCUCUUAUUAAAGUUACAAAUGACCUAAUCGCAGCCAAAUCUAAAGGCCCCUACUCCAUACUAAUUCUUCUUGACCUCUCUGCUGCCUUUGACACUGUUGAUCAUGGCCUCCUUCUCCUAACUCUUCAAUCUCCUCUGUGACACAGCUCUCUCGUGGUUCUCCUCCUAUCUCACCCAACGCUCCUUUAGUGUCUCUUUUUCCAACAGCACCUCCUCUCCUCGUCCUGAGUCAGUCAGAGUCCCUCAAGGUUCAUUUCUUGGUCCCCUUUUGUUCUCUCUCUAUAAUGCCUCUCUUGUCAAGCUAAUUAAUUCAUUUGGAUUCCACUACCACCUGUACUCUGACAACACCCAGAUAUCUCUCUCCUCCACUAACCUCUCCCCUGCUGUCCUACAACGUGUCACCAAUUGCCUUUCUUCUAUCUCUGAUUGGAUGUCCUCCUGCUUUCUAAACUUAAUCUCUCUAAAACUGAGUUUCUUAUUUUUCCUCCUCAUAACACUGAUCCUCCUCCUUCACUCUCUGCAGGUUGAUGGUACAUGCCUCACCCCAUCCUUUCAAGCUCGCUGUCUUGGUGUCACUGUUGAUCCUGGCCUCACCUUUGCGCCUCAUGUCCAGUCUGCUGCUAAAAACUGUUGAUUCCAACUUAAAACCAUUGCCCGCAUACCCCCCUUUCUUACGCGAGAUGCUGCCAAGGAGCUUGUUUCAUGUUCUAGUAAUGUCUUGCAUCAAUUACUGUUAUUCUCUCCUAGUUGGUCUCCCCAGAAGCCAUACUUCCCCCCCCUACAAUCUGUGGUGAAUGCUGCUGCCAGUCUGAUCUUCCUAUCCUGUCGCUCCUCACCCCUGUCGAUCCUUACACUGGCUUCCUGUCCCCUACAGGUGUCAAUUUAAAAUACCUACCUAUAAAGCUCUAACCAACUCUAGCCCCUCUUAAAUUUCUUUACUGAUUCAUAGGUAUGCCUCCUUUUGGUCUCUCUGCUCUACUGGUGAUCUUCUCCUUUCUGCUGCUUGCACCCUUACUGCAAAUUCACGUCUCCAAGACUUCUCACAAGUGGCUCCUUUCCUUUGGAACAGCCUGCUUACCCCUAUCAGACUCUCCCCUAGUCUUUAAUCCCUUAAGAGGUCCCUCAAAACCCAUCUUUUUUAGGAAUGUUUAUGGCCACCAAGAGUAACUUCUAUCUCUCAAACCUUCCUCUCGCUCUCUCCUAUAGGGCCACACACACUCCACUCUCACCUCCGGCUCUGCUGCUUUUCCACCAUGUCUAUUUGGUGUCUCUCUCAAUACCCUUCCUAUUGUAUUUUUAUACCCCACCUCCCUUUAGACUGUAAGCUCGUUUGAGCAGGGUCCUCAACCUAUUGUUCCUGUUACAUUUUGUUAUUGUCUCAUUUGGUAAAUUCCCCUUUUAUUGUAAAACGCUGUGGAAUAAGCUCGUGCUAUUUUAAUAAUAUUAACUACAAUUUAUAAAAGUGCUGAUUUCUACUUUAAAUCGGCACUUUUGUAAAUAAUUGUAGUAGGGAUGCACCGAAUUUUCGGCCGAAAAUGGGCCUAUCCCAUUUCGGCACAGAGACUCUUUCAAAGAGAGCCGAAAGAGUGGGAGGAGCUUCUGCAUCGUCACGUGACUCGAGCGCACCAGAUCCAGAGCUGCUUUGGCGUGAGCCAGCAGGGUUGAAGGCUGUGCAGAGGGUACGGUCAGGAGAAUCCAGUGUCUAUGGCACCAGCCAGCACCAUGCCAGUGGAAUAGUUAGACACCGGCAACGGUGAGUGGAACAGGAAGCACUCUAGCUGCUGUGAACAACACUUCCUAUGGUGCUCAGUCACAGAUCACUUCUUUGGGUGGCUGAUCAUGAUGGUUAGCGCAGUCCUAUAAAGAUUUGCUAGGAAUGGCAGUCCUCUAUAGCAGCCAGCACACACACACACAUAGUAACACACUCACUAACAGACACACGCAUACACUCUGGCUAACACACACACACAUAGUAACACACUCACUAACAAACAUACACUCAUUAACAGACACACACUCAAUUUUUUAUUUUUUUUGUAUUUUUUUUAUUCAACCCCCCCAGCCUCCUUACCUUUGGGAAUGCUGGGGGAGGGGGGGGUUUCUCCCUUUCCCUGGGGUCCAGUGGCUGCUGGGCGGGCGGCACUGGCAGAGUGACGUCAUAUUCCGGCUCCCGGCAUCGCUCUGUCUUGUUAGCCCUGCGGAUAACUGACAAGCCAGGUGGGCGGCGCUGACGAGGGAGCACUUUCCCCUGAGCUCUCUGCUGAGCUCCCUCGUCAGCGCCGCCCACCUGGCUUGUCAGUUAUCCGCAGGGCUAACAAGAAAUUUGCCCUGGGCAUUUGGGGGCGGCUUUUUUUGCCGCCCAAGGCAAAUGGCUUGUCUGCCUCGUGGCUAAUACGUCCCUGCUGUAGACAGAGCAUGUGCCAUGUAUAAUGAAUGAGAAAUGCAUUUUGUUUAAUUACUUGUGGCAGGGCAGUAAUAACACAUGCCUGUUGCAUUUUCUAAUAGAUUUUCAUGUUAUGUGCAUAAAACGUGUGACUAUUGAGGGAGUUUUGUAUUUAAUUGUAAAGUGACAUUAUAUACAGUUUGACAUGUGCUCUUAUUGCAAUCAAUAAUUUGCAAUUUAUACCCUUAUAACUUUUUAUGCUAAACUCAUAAGUAUAUUAUUACUGUUAUCUUUUUAUUUUGUUAUAAAAUAAUUCAAUUAAAAGUCUAAUAUUAAUAAAAUUAUAGGAAAAAAAACUCUUUUAAAAUCAUUAGGGGGAAAGUCAUUUUUGUUUUCGGCCAAGGGCAUCCUGAAUUUUCGGUUUGGCCCAGAAUUUUCAUUUCGGUGCAUCCCUAAAUUGCAGAAACGCCUCCUAUCCUCUCAAUUGAACAGGGAGGAGUUAAUCUUAUGGCUUCUCCUGCUAGCUUCAUCCACAAGUCAUAGUGUGUCUCUGCACCAGGCUCAUUUUACCGGUGCAUCCCUGGCUAUUUCCUGCAUCUUUCCUAUCUGUAGGGGUUAUGGUGCCCCGAUUGCCUUAGCACCUUCCCACCUCCACUAUCUGUGUUAGAAUUUCCAAAGCCGAACUUCUGUUGGUUCUCCUGAGCUAAGCCCUGCACUACCGUGAACUGUAGUGGUUAUCGUACUUAAAGGGAUUCUCUAUUUUUUUUUAGAAAAUAUAAGAUAGAUAUGGAAAGGAGUGAAUUUUCAUUUUAAAACGAAACUUUUGCCCUAUCCUCUCAAUCGUCAACAGUAGGAGACGGUUAUGCUGGCUUCUCCUGCUAGCUUCAUCCACAAGUCAUAGUGUGUCUCUGCACCAGGCUCAUUUUACCGGUGCAUCCCUGGCUAUUUCCUGCAUCUUUCCUAUCUGUAGGGGUUAUGGUGCCCCGAUUGCCUUAGCACCUUCCCACCUCCACUAUCUGUGUUAGAAUUUCCAAAGCCGAACUUCUGUUGGUUCUCCUGAGCUAAGCCCUGCACUACCGUGAACUGUAGUGGUUAUCGUACUUAAAGGGAUUCUCUAUUUUUUUUUAGAAAAUAUAAGAUAGAUAUGGAAAGGAGUGAAUUUUCAUUUUAAAACGAAACUUUUGCCAAAUUUGUCAGACUACAGAAUCGUCACACAUAAGUAAAUGACGGUCAAAGGUAAACUUAUCAGCAGUGGCAAGACUACCACCGCUGCUGCUGCACCAGGGCCUGCUUUCUGGGGGAGGCAUUGGGUGUAAUAUAUUAUGAAAUAAUUAAAGUAUUUUAUUAAUGUAUUAUACAUAUGUAAUUUCAUUAUAAGUGUAUUUUGAUAUAGAUGCAUAUACAGUAUCUCACAAAAGUGAGUACACCCCACACAUUUUGUAAAUAUUUUAUUAUAUCUUUUCAUGUGUAACAGUGUAAAUUUGCUGUCCCCUCAAAAUAACUCAACACACAGCCAUUAAUGUCUAAACCGUUAGCAACAAACGUGAGUACACCUCUAAGUGGAAAUGUCCUAAGUAUGCCCAAUUAGCCAUUUUUCCUCCCCAGUGUCAUGUGACUUUUUGGUGUUACAAGGUCUCAGGUGUGAAUGGGGAGCAAGUUGCUCUCACACUCUCUCAUACUGGUCACUGGAAGUUCAACAUGGCACCUCAUGGCAAAGAACUCUCUAAGGAUCUGAAAAAAAGAAUUGUUGCUCUACAUAAAGAUGGCCUUGGCUACAAGAAGUUUGUCAAGACCCUGAAACGGAGCUGAGACCAUACAGCAGUUUCACAGGACAGGUACCACUCAGAACUGGCCUUGCCAUGGUCAACCAAAGAAGGUGAGUGCACGUGCCCAGCGUCAUGUCUUUGGGAAGUAGAUGUAUGAAUGCUGCCAGCAGAGGUUGAAGGGGGGGGGGGAAGGUCAGCCUGUCAGUGCUCAGACCAUACGCCGUACACUGCAUCAAAUUGGUCUGCAUGGUUGACAUCCCAGAAGGAAGUAUCUUCUAAAGAUGAUGCACAAGAAAGCAUGCAAACAGUUUGCUGAAGACAAGCAGACUAAGGACAUGUGUAUGUAUAUAUAAUGGAAGUGCAGUAACAAUGAAAUCAUAUGUAUUAUAAAAUGCUUUAAUUACUUUAUAAUACCAAUAUAAUAUAUGUAUAAUGUAUUUGUUUGAUGCCUUGAUUCUAACUUUGAAACUUUUUUAGGAGUCUGGGGAACUGCCUGAUGGCACAGGCAGUCCCCCUGCAAGCAGAGGACGGCAGGACGUGCUAUGCCGCCCUCCGGCUUUUGGGCCCAUACUUUUAAGGCCGGCAUAACACGCCCGCCGUCCUUUAGGAGUUAAGACCAUGACCGGGCCCCUGUAAUAACAGUGCUGGGAGGACGUGACAGUCAGUCACUUCCUCCCAGCUAUAAGGGGAGAGUGCGGCUAGGAAGGAGGAGGCGGUGGCACAAGCAGCAGCAGUGGGGAGAGAGGCUGGAGGGCCGCUGCCUCCACACACUCGCUCCCCUCAUAAAGCAGCAGGAAACAAACCACCCUCCUGCAAACCAAAGGUAUGCUAACAGGUGGGUGGCUGUAAAUAUAAGAAAUAUGACAUUUCCAUGUGUGUGUGUCACAUUGUGUGUGUGUGUUUGUGUGCAUCUGUGAUUCCAGGUAUGUAUAUAUCACUGUGUAGAUAUGUCAGGUUGUGCAUCUGUUUGUGUGUCAGUGUGUGCAUCUGUGUAUGUGUUUAUAUGACAAUGUGUGUAUCUGUUUCAUGGUGUGUGUUUGUGUCAGUGUGUAUGUGUUUAUAUGUGUGUUAAUGUGUAUGUAUGUGCAUACAUCCAAACACACCGCUGUGUUCAAACUCCAAAAUUAAAUACACAUACACUCCUUCACUCAAACACCAACACUACACAAAAGUGCAUCUGCAUUUAAAAGCCAAUAUUACAUACAAACACAACCUUGCAAUCAACCGCCAACAUAACAACUUACAAGCACACCGCUGUAUUAAAACACUAAAAUACUAUACAAACACCAACACUACACACAAAAGCACACGUGCAUUUAAAAGCCAACACUACAUACAAACACACCCCUGCAAUCAAAUGCAAAGACUACACACAAGUAUACCACUGCAGUUAAUGGCAACAGUACAUACAAACAUACAUGCACCCAUAUACUCAAUACAAAAACAUGCUUACAUUCAAGUGCACAAACACUGCUCACAAAUACAACUCUGCAACAAUGGGCAAAUGGUAGAUCCCCAGCUGGCAUAGCAUUGUUGGAGUUGUAUUACAGGUGGGGAUCUGCCUUUUUCAAACUCUUGCACUAGACGGGGUAAGGGGGGCAAAAAACGUUCUUGCACAAGGUCUCUCUCUACAUUCGUUCCACCACUGCAUAUCAGGGUGUAUUUAAUUAUAAGCCUUUUGAUAGAUUUUAAAUAUUUCAUCACCUACUUGGCCAAAACUGCUCAAGUUUUUUGUAUGUUUGUUUUUUGGUGCCUUUCAAAUGCAUGUUUCUUUUUCAAUAAAUAUUGAUAUAUUUUUCCACAUACAUGUUGAUAUGUAACCACGAGUUCCACAUGCCGUGUGUGUGUGUGUGUGUGUGUGUGCAACUAGUUCACAGAUGCCAGAUGUGUAUGUGUUAUGCUUUAUCUUCUAAGUCCAGAUAUACCCACAUGUAUAGCUUUUUUUGGCACGUUUUGAGAGGAAUUUACAUGGUCACAUCUGAUAAGUCCUAAUGUUGACAUGUCUCCUUGCAUACAUAACUAUAACAAAUAAGUAAAGCUUCUUUAAUUUAAAAAUAUAUCUAAUUAUUUUUUAUGUAUUCCUUUGAAAUUGGCUUUACUAACAAGUGUCAUAUUUUGCCAUGUGAUUUGAUAGCUAUGUUUGGUUUAUAUUUCAAUGUUGACUGUUUUUAAUCAAAUCUGCUAAAGAUGGUUUUUAUUUUAUUUUUUUAUUUUAAGGAACUGUCCUUUUGGAUUUUUUCUAUAUGCCUCAAACUUUGCUUUAUGUAAUUUGCAAAAGAUUUUAUCUCUAUGGUUGAAGGACAGCAUGUUCCUGAUCCAAUUGUGUAAUCCCUACUUCACAGAAUGAUUUUUAUUUGCUGAGUCAUGCUGCUUUGCAUUUUUGAUAUUUGUAGUUGAGCAUUUCGAACAAAAGUUUAACAACUAGGUUUUGUAUGUGUAUUUUUGUCAAUUAUUUUUGGUUUUUCUUCCUCUUAAUACCCAAAUUACUCUUUUUACACCUGGGAAAUGAAAAGUGUGCUUUAUAAAGAUCAUAAUUUAAUGUUUCGAAAUUCUACUUCUAGCAUUCCUAUUUACAAGUACGUAAAUAAAUCCAGAAUGCGUCCUGCACUAUAACCUGAUUUGGUGUAUGUUGUUCUACUAAUCAAAAGUAAUCCUUCCUAUUCAGUGAAAUGAACAAUUACGCCAGGUUUUAUAUUUUCUGAUGUAUGCUGAUGGAUUUAUUACCUGAUUACGUGUUGUAUCAAAUAUCUCAUUCUUUGCCAGCUGGGGAUUUUAUUGUGGACUCAGAAUAUUUAUCCAAUGUAAAGCCAUCAUUGUUCAUAGUUCACCAAAACAAUACCUGUAACUUAAAAACUCCACGCAUCGUAAUAAGUACAGUGUGCAGUGGAGUUCCCCAUUGACCUCACAGACUAAUGCGUAAAGCUAUUUAAACAAUUGGACAUUACAUGUCUACUGCCAGGUACUGACUCCUCCAACCCCUGCUUUCAAAAUUUCCUGCAAGGUUAAUCUACAGUAUAUACUCGAGUAUAAGUCUAGUUUUUCAGCACAUUUUUUGUGCUUAAAAACCCCCACUCGACUUAUACUCGAGUCACUGUCUGUAUUAUGGCAACUUAGAGAGCCGCGGCCGUCAGAGCCAUGGCAACGAUCCGCGCGGCAUCCUGACUGCGAGACUUACAGCGGAGCUGACCGUAACGGAGGAGAAGGGAGCUGACAGGAGCUGCAGGAAAGGUAAGUAAAUGCUUCCUGCCGGCCCCCCCACUUCACAGCCCAUGCCACUGGACACCCAGGGAUUAAGAUAGCCCUCCUCCCUGACCAGUUAACAAGCAGGGAGGGGGGACAAAAUAAAAUUAAAAUAAUAAAAAAAUAAUAUUAAAAUAAAAAUAAAAAAUGCCCUCCCCCCACCCCGUUCACACACACUACACAAACACACACUCUGCAUUAUAUACACAGAGUGUGUGUAUAUAAUGCAGUGUGUGUGUUUGUAUGAGUGUGUGUUUGUAUGAGUGUGUGUGUGUGUGUGUAUAUAUAAUGCAGAGUGUGUGUUUGUAUGAGUGUGUGUAUAUAAUUAUAAAAAUCACAGAAUUUCAUAGCCCCAAGUUUUACCCUCGACUUAUCCAUGAGGCAUAGCAUAUUUCACAAUUGUUGGUCACAAAACUGCACUCGACUUAUACAUGAGAUCGACUUAUACACGAGUAUAUACGGUAGUUGGUUUCACUGAGCUUAAGCAUGGCUGUGCAGGACCACUCUUGUGAGUGAGUUUGGUCCUAUAUUGAGCUUACCUCGUUCUUUAAAGACAUUCGGUGGGAAAUAGUGGUUGUGGACACACAUGCCAAGGUCACUCUGGUAAGCUGAAAAACGGUUCUAAGAAGUUAAUAAGUUAAACUAUUUAAAAAGUUAGACUUCUUAAAAUGAGGGGGCACCAGGCUGUUUGAAGUGGUUCUUUAAUUUUGACAUGAAGGGUGGCAUCUGAUACCUCUUGGCAUGCACAGGUGUGUGUGGUUUUUUUUUUGUUUUUUUGUUUUUACCGUCAUUUUAUUUGCUUCAAACACAUGUGCACCAAGGUUCCAUGCCUACUUGCAUGUAUAUCUAUACUUGAAAAUGUUUCGUGAGUGAUGGUUUCAAUUUAAAAUAGAAAAUAUUUCUAAUUUUACUUUCUAUUUUAGCAUCCAGGUGGGGAGGAGGUUCUUCGGGAACAAGCUGGAGGAGAUGCAACCGAGACCUUUGAAGACAUUGGACACUCAACAGAUGCCAGAAAUAUGUCUAAAGAUUUUAUUAUAGGAGAACUUCAUCCAGUAAGUAUGUUUUAAAUUGUCUGCAGUUAGUUUUGUAAUCCUUCAACACAUUUCAGUUACAAUAUAAAUAUCUUUAACCCCUUAAGGACACAUGACAUGUGACAUGUCAUUAUUCCCUUUUAUUCCAGAAGUUUGGUCCUUAUGGGGUUAAAAGAACACUCUUACCACCAUUACCACUACAAUAAUUUAAUUGGUGGCAGUUUGGAAAUGUGCUGCACACGUGCUUUAAUCCUGUAAAAACUCUAGGACGUUCCAUGCCAUCCUAAAAAUACUGGCCUUUAGCACACUUAGGACUGAAUGGACGUCGUUUAGGUCGGGUGUGAGUUUAAUAUUUUAACACCUCAGUGGAAUUUUUUUUUUUUUUGUGUAUUUUCUUUGGUAAUAUAUGGAAAAAACCUGUGUGGAAAAAGCUACCGAACUGCUUUUUGCAUCCUUUGCCAAAACCCUUUUCUGUACAUAGGCUUUUAUUGAGAAACCUUUGUGCUGGAGCCAUGAGCGUGCAUGUAAUUGUGGCUUUCCUAUGCUUUUCAAUGAACAGUAGUACAACUAAUUGGAAAGGGAAAGGCAUGCACAUGCUAGCCCAGCACGUCUGUGGAUUGCGUUACUAAAGUUUUGUAAAAGUCCUCGUUUGAAUGGAAAUCUUCACUUUUUAUAAACUGUCACAAAUACAAUAUGGCAGACUCCAGACGCAAGCUGAAAUGCUUUGUGCCUGGAUGAUUUCCUUUAAAAUGCACAAUUAAAAGGACACUAUAAUUGCACGUGUUGAGUAACACAUCUGAAAGUUUGUUACAACCAAAAAGAGGUGAAGUGCCAAACUGUUGCUCAAAGAGAAAAUUAGCACUUUAUGAAAGAAAAAUUAUGUGCAAAGUAUUUUCACACCUGAAUGUGGACAACUAGAUAAAAAUUACAUUAAUUUAGGUUAGUCCAAGUAUUACGUGCAGUCUUAACACCCUUAAUCUGCCACUACUUUCCAAAACAGCUGCAUUUGAAAGUUGUCAUGUAUUUCCAAAAAACUUCAGAAAUCCAACACAUGCCCAACAGGCCCCCAGUCCUUCUCUAUGAGUAACAUUGGAUUGGGCUAGAGAUUGCCUGAACAGAUAAUCUCAGAAGAGUGGGAGUGGCUGUUUAUAAUCUAAACGCAAGGAACAUGAUUAUUAAAAAUAAAUAUUUAUUUUUAAUGUUAGAGUUCAUUUAACCAACACACAAAUUUCACCAAUUGUAUUUUUCAAUUAUUUCCUGUACUCAUGUGAAUCUAUCUUCUUGAUUCAUAGGAUGACCGAUCAAAGCUCCAGAAACCAGCAGUAAGUUUGUUUUCUUUGGUUUUUAUGUGCAGUUAAACAUUUUAUGCUUCACUUGACUUUUUUUCCUUUUCAUUUUUAUUGAGUAGUUCAGUGGAUAAGCAUACAUGUGUACAAUGGUAAGAGACUAGGAACAACACGUUUCAAUGUUGUAUGGCUUGCUUUUUCCUAUAUACAAGUAUAGUAAGCAGUACAGAGUACAGUGAGAUUGGAAACAGGGCACCAGUUGCUCAACCUCCUGGCCCAGCCUGUUUUAAAUGGGAGAUCGACCGACUCUCCUGUUCCUGAUGCACACCAGACUGCAAGAUGCCAGGAUCUUCCUCGAGCCCGAGCUGACUACAGGCACUGCUUGUCGCUGGUAAGUGGGUCAACCCCAGGUUAGGGUACCUUCUGUACUGAUUUAGCUUGCUUUAUGGUCCAGUAGUGGCCCCAAGAAUCACAAUUUGGCCUGUAUAGACCCAGAGCUCUCGUGGCACACGUCCUGCAGGCAUGACAGGCCCCGCCCCAUAUGUCAAAGUUUUUGAGCCGUUUGACACUGUACUGCAGAUGUACACAUAGAGGGAUAGCAAAAUAACAGAAGAGAGAGACACAAACUAAUGAACCCCAUUUGAUAUAUGCCUUAAUAGAGCCUUAAAAAGACAUUAUGGUCACCCAGGCAACUAAGCUUAAUGUAGUUGUUCUGGUGUCUACAGCUUGUCCCUGCAGGCAUUUUAUUGUAAACCCUCCCUUGUCAGAGAAAAUGCAUUGUUGAUAUUACUGCCUAGGCCCUAGGGACACCUGUCGUGGCAGUCACUCAGACGGCCACUAGAAGUGUUUCCUGGUUCAGUGAUGCACAGUGUGCAGCAAUGAUGUUCAGGGUGCUGAUUGGCGCAGCCAGUGUUUUGCUACACACGCACAAUAGCCUCCUAAUGCUUUCCUAUGGGAAAGCAUUGGAUUCUCUGAGAUUGUCAAAUUUGAUGACUUCAGCCAAGAAGGCGGAGCAGGGCAGACCAGUGCAGCUCUGGAAGAAAAGUAGGUAAUCUCACUUUUUUUAAGGGAGGCAAGGGGGGCUAUUAGUAUUCCUGACACUAUAGUAUUAAUUUAAGGACCAGCCAUCCGUUAAUUUUAAUAUCUGGAUUAGAAUGACAUCCAUAAACUAUUUGAUCUUCUGUCUUAUGAUGCCUCUUCUGUCAUUCUCCUUUAAUGCAUUGUUCACUUUUAUGUGUCUUAUGUGUAACAUGUACGUGUGUUUUUAUGUAUAAUCUCAUUCUAUUAAACAAUGAUGUUCCUUAAAACCGGUGCAGAUAGUUUAUUUUAUUGCUAGUAAAUGCUUGUCUUUUAGAAACAUACUGUCAGUUAAGUGACAGAUAUUGGUUAAGUGAAAGUUUACAUAAAGUACCAGUUUAUGAUUCACUAACAAAUUGAGUUGUUAUAGACGUCCCUGUCUCAUGCAGAAUCGGGCAGCGCUUACGCUGAAGGUUCUGAGAUCAGCCCAUGAAUCCCAAUUCAUAAAAUUGGCUUGAAAUGAAACGUACCUUUUUUAAAGCCAGUGUUAUGAAUGGAGAUUUACUGAGCCGCUGCCCGAUUCUUAUGGUUUAGAGAUUUUUGGAAAACAGUUAAGCCCCUUAAGGUGAGCCAGCGCCCAAGACCUCCUGACACAAUCCCAACUUUAUUUCGAUUAGUUUAAAACUCUGGGCACCAUGAUAACAAUAUGGCCAUUGUCUUCUAAUACAAUUACAAUGGACACUAAUCACUAAUGUUUUUCUAGUUACCUAUUUCAGGAGACCUGUCUUCUUGUUAUGUUUCCUGUUACCAUAUUUAAAAAAAUUAAUUAAUUAAUUUAAAAAAAAUAAUAAUUAUGUCUGUAUACCAAAAAACAAAAAAGUGCGCUGUACCUUUAAGACCAUCAAACAAUACAAGUGAAUAACUUUUACAUAAAUAUUAAUUUCCAAAAUUGUAUAGAGUGCACUGUGCUUAAACACACUACAAACCUGUUGCUAAUUGAUAUAAAUACCACAUACCUGUGUAAUAGCAUAAAUAAAUUGUGCCAAUACAAAAGUGUUAAAGUGCACUAGUGACAAAAACACAUAAGUGCAAAGUAAGGAUAAAAUUAUUUGAAAGAUUACCUUACUUUUAAAAGUUUUGAAAUUUCUUCUGUUAAAACUUCAGUGAAAUGCUCAAAAAGAAUAAAACAGAACAAAAACUCAUAGGGCAAUAUGCAUAAAACAUAACUAUUGAAAAUAUAGAUCGAAAACACUCACAAGAGUAGAGCAAUUACGUCUGCUCUGAACUGUGUUGGCAUCUCAGUAUACAGAGGCUUGAGGCUGUGAUGGCAGUAAAAAUCCUUUAUUUGACACUCCAAACAUUAAAAGCAGUUGUCUGGCUAUAAGUCCUCUUUCUGUACCUCUUCCUCGCAAAUGUGGUAUAGUCCCAAACAAUUUCAUCGGUCCUUUUCAGGCUUCAAAAGCUCUAAGGGCUACUUCCACUCACACUUGUUCCGGUAGGCGGGGCUUACGGCCAUUGGACGUAGUGACUUCAGAGCGUGAUGACGCGUUUCGCCGACGUGCUCGGCUUCAUCAUAUCCGCCCACUAGUCCAUCACAGUCUCAAUAUAAAGCAUUUACAAAGGGCGUGUUUACCCAAAAGAGUCCGAAAGUUCUGUCCUAUGAUUGGUUAUCUUGACCAGCAUAUUAGCAUACAUUAGAUAUGCCAAACUUUUUUUUUUUAUAUAUAUUUUUUUUUUUUUUAUACUCGAACUGAAACAAGGGGAUUAUUCACUAAAUGUUUACAAAAAAUAUUAUUUAUUUACACGUACAACUUAUCAUUACACUUCUUUGGAUAUAUAUUAAUCCAGUUAAAUAGAAUAAAAUAAUAUAAAUUACAAUACAUGAAAACAUUUACUUGUUUGUGUGAUUUGCUAAAAAAAAAAAAAUAUAUGUAUAUAUUGUUCUCAACAGUACCUACUUUAAUAGAGGAAGAAAGGAAUAAAAUUAGUACAUUACAUAAUACCAUAUUUCUGAAUCACAUCUAAAAUGCUAAAUUACAUAUUAUAAACUAAAAUGAAAUAUGCAACAUGCAAAAGUGCUCUCCUAUUGUGAAAAUAAUAUGCAGGAAAUAAAAUAUGUUUAUAGAAAAACAAAUAUUAAAAUUAGGAAGAGAUGAAAAGGAGGGGAUAAGAGUCACCAUAUUUUUUCAUCAACACUUACAAAAUUGUAUUUUCUGAAUAAUAUAUGAAUGAGUUUGUAAAUAUUCAAUCAAAUUAUUGUAUUGAGAAUUCCAUAAAAAAUCCUUAUAAAAAAAAAAAAAAGUUUUUUAAAAAGGUCGAAUUCUAUAUUAAGACCUCGUGGUUCUAGGGUUUUCAAUUUAUAAACCCACAUCAUUUCCUCUCUUGCAAUUUUAGAAAUAUGAUCUCCACCCCUACAUGAUUUCUUCACUACCUGAAUUCCUAAAAAGAUUAAGCCCUUCGGAUCCAUAUUAUGCUUUGCCUUAAAAUGGGCCGAGACACUAUGGUGAGUGACUCCCCUCAAAAUGUUAUUUAUAUGCUCUCCUAUUCUUUUAUGGAGUGGCCGUAUAGUGCGGCCCACAUAUUGUAGUCCACAUGGGCAAAUUAGCAGGUAUAUUUCAUUUCUCGUAAAACAAGUAAUAAAAUCUUUAAUAUCAAAUUCAUUAUCAUUGUGCUUGCUUUUAAACUUGUUUAUACCUUUUAAGGGUCCAAUUUUUGCUUUAUUUGCAUCCUGUGCACUGACCGCAGGAGUAGAAACCUUUUCUGACAUUCAUAAAAUGUUUUUGUAUGUUUUCGGAUAUUUGUGUGUUAAAAUUAGGAGCACCCCUAAAAGUUAUAAAAGGUUUAGAUGGUAAAAUAUUAGCCAAUUCAGGAUCCUCUUUAAGUAAAUACCAAUGUUUAUUAACUAUCUUUCUUAUAUCUUUAUGUGCUAUAUUAAAAUCAAACACUAGUGGUACAUUGUUAAGAUUUUUGUUUUCAACAUUCAAGAAUUCUUUUCUUUCAAUAAGUUCAUUUUGCGUGAGUUGGACCGUAUCUUCAUAUGCAUCAGAAACUAAAUGCUCAGGGUAAUUUUUAUCUAGAAACUGCCCUUUUAAAUCUUGUGCCUGAGGUAGUUCCACAAUUGCGGUGCUCUGUAGGAGAAGGAGGAUCGGGCCGUUUUCUUUUUGAAUUGAGGUAGACUAAGUAAAGUGUUGGUACUGGAUCGGAGCUUAUAGGAAGUGGGAACAGCUGGGGAAAGCAUUUUGUUCAGGUAGGGUGGGAGUUUCCCAGAAAAGCUCUUAAACACAAGGCUGGAAAGAUGAACUAAAUGCCCAGGGUAAUUUUUAUCUAAAAACCACCCUUUUAAAACUUGUGCCUGUUGCUUAAAAAUAUCCGUAACAGUGCAGUUUCAUCUUAUGUGUCUGAAUUGGCCCUUAGGAAUGUUAUUCAACCAUGGAUUAUAGUGUCCACUAUUAUACAGUACGUAAUUGUUGGCAUCAACUGUUUUAAAAAAAAAUUGUUUUUUAUCUCCAUUUUUUAUAUAUAUAUAUAUAUAUAUAUAUAAUAUAUAUAUACCUACCCAAAUCUAAAAACUCUAUACGUCGUACUGUAGGUACUAGUUAGUUUUAUGCCCCACUCAUUGGUAUUAAGACUAUUUAAAAACUUAUCUAAAUCCUCACGAUUUCCGUUCCAUAUAAAAAUCAGAUCAUCUAUAUAUCUACGGUAUAGGACCAAAUUUGCCCCCCAUUCCGCAUUAUCAUAUAUGAAUUCAUUUUCUGAACCUGCCAUAUACAGAUUGGCGUAACUGGGGGCAAACUUGGCCCCCAUAGCCGUACCUUGUAACUGUAAAUAAUAUUUAUUAUUAAAAAGAAAAUAAUUAUUUAAAAUCCAGGUUAUGCAUUCUAUUAUAAAAUCAAUACUUUGCUGGGACAUUUUUUUUUUUUUGGAAUCUUCCAAACAUCUCCGUAUAACCUGACUCCCUAGACCAUGUGGUAUUGAGGUAUACAAUGAGGAUACAUCACUAGUUAACACUAUGAAGUCCUUUUCCCAUUUGGUAGUUCUUAAUAUCCUCCCGCACAAUUUAAAAUCAUCCCUAAGCCUAAAGUCCUUUAAGAGAUCCCUCUCUACAUACCUCAAAACAGAAUGCACCUGUCAUGGGUGAUUAUAUAUGUCCUACCUGUUCUAUGUUAAAUUUUGUAUUUAUUGUGUAUUAAUAUUGUUUUUGUAUUUUAUUGUACCCUAAUGUAACAAUGCAAUGAUUUGUGGACCCAGGACAUACUUGAAAACGAGAGAAAUCUCAAUGUAUCUUUCCUGGUAAAAUAUUUUAUAAAUAAAUAAAUAUGAAGAUACGGUCCAACUCACGCAAAAUUAACUUAUUGAAAGAAAAGAAUUAUUGAAUGUUGAAAACAAAAAAUCUUAACAAUGUACCACUAGUGUUUGAUUUUAAUAUAGCACAUAAAUAUAUAAGAAAGAUGGUUAAUAAACAUUGGUAUUUACUUAAAGAGGAUCCUGAAUUUGCUAAAAUUUUACCAUGUAAACCUUUUAUAACUUUUAGGGGUGCUCCUAAUUUUAACCUUAUUUUAACACACAAAUAUCCGUAAAGAAACCUACAAAAACAUUUUAUCAAUGUCAUAAAAGGUUUCUACUCCUGCGGUCAGUGCACAGGAUGCAAAUACAGCAAAAUAGGACCCUUAAAGCUAUAAACAAGUUUAAAAGCAAGCACAAUGAUAAUGAAUUUGAUAUUAAAGAUUUUAUUACUUGUUUUACGAGAAAUGUAAUAUACAUGCUAAUUUGCCCAUGUGGACUACAAUAUGUGUCUCGGCCCAUUUUAAAGCAAAGCAUAAUAUGGAUCCAAAAGGCUUUGAAUCUUUUUAGGAAUUCAGGUAGUGAAGAAAUCAUGUAGGUGUGAAGCUCAUAUUUCUAAAAUUGGAAGAGAGGAAAUGAUGUGGGUUCAUAAAUUGAAAACCCUAGAACCACGAGGUCUUAAUAUAGAAUUUGACCUUUUUAACUUUUUAUAAACAUUUUUUUUUUUUUUUUUUUAAAGGAUUUUUUUAUGGAAUUCUCAAUACAAUAAUUUGAUUUGAAUAUUUACAAACUCAUUCAUAUAUUAUUCAGAAAAUUCAAUUUUGUAAGUGUUGAUGAAAAAAUAAGGUGACUCUUUUAUCCCCUCCUUUUCAUCUCUUCCUAAUUUUAAUAUUUGUUUUUCUAAUAUAUUUUAUUUUCUGCAUAUUAUUUUCCGGAAUUAUUUUAUAAUGGGAGAGCACUUUUGCAUGUUGCAUAUUUCAUUUUAGUUUAUAAUAUGUAAUUUAGCAUUUUAGAUGUGAUUCAGAAAUAUGGUAUUAUGUAAUGUACUAAUUUUAUUCCUUUCUUCCUCUAUUAAAGUAGGUACUGUUUAGAACAAUAGCAAAUCACACAAACAAGUAAAUGUUUUCAUGUAUUGUAAUUUAUAUUAUUUUAUUCUAUUUAACUGGAUUAAAUCCAAAGUAGUGUAAUGAUAAGUUGUACGUGUAAAUAAAUAAUAUUUUUUGUAAACAUUGUAAAUAAUCCCCUUGUUUCAGUUCGAGGAAAAAAAGAAAAAAAGUUUGGCAUCUAUAAUGUAAAUAUAGAAUGUGACGGCAGAUAAGAACCAUUCGGCACAUCUAGUCUGCCCAAUUUUCGAAAUAAUUUCAUUAGUCCCUAGCCAUAUCUUAUAGUUAGGAUAGCCUUAUGCCUAUCCCACGCAUGCUUAAACUACUUUACUGUGUUAACCUCUACCACUUCAGCUGGAAGGCUAUUCCAUGCAUCCACUACUCUGUCAGUAAAGUAAUACUUCCUGAUAUUUUUAAACCUCUAAUUUAAGACUGUCCUCUUGUGGUAGUUUUUCUUCUUUUAAAUAUAGUCUCCUCCUUUACUGUGUUGUAUGCUAAUAUGCUGGUCAAGAUAACCAAUCAUAGGAUAGAACUUUCGGACUCUUUUGGGUAAACACGCCCUUUAUAAAUGCUUUAUAUUGAGACUGUGAUGGACUAGUGGGCGGAUAUGAUGAAGCCGGGCACGUCGGCGAAACACGUCAUCACGCUCUGACGUCAUUAAGCCAAUGGCCGUAAGCCCCACCUCCCGGAACAAGUGUGAGUGGAAGUAGCCCUUAGAGCUUCUGGAGCCUGAAAAGGACCGAUGAAAUUGUUUGGGACUAUACCACAUUUGCGAGGUACAGAAAGAGGACUUAUAGCCAGACAACUGCUUUUAAUGUUUGGAGUGUCAAAUAAAGGAUUUUUACUGCCAUCACAGCCUCAAGCCUCUGUAUACUGAGAUGCCAACACAGUUCAGAGCAGACGUAAUUGCUCUACUCUUGUGAGUGUUUUCGAUCUAUAUUUUCAAUAGUUAUGUUUUAUGCAUAUUGCCCUAUGAGUUUUUGUUCUGUUUUUUUCUUUUUGAGCAUUUCACUGAAAUUUCAAAACUUUUAAAAGUAAGGUAAUCUUUCAAAUAAUUUUAAUCUUACUUUGCACUUAUGUGUUUUUGUCAAGAGUGCACUUUAACACUUUUGUAUUGGCACAAUUUAUUUAUGCUAUUACACAUGUAUGUGGUAUUUAUAUCACUUAGCAACUGGUUUGUAGUGUGUUUAAGCACAGUGCACUCUAUACAAUUUUGGAAAUUAAUAUUUAUGUGAAAGUUAUUAACUUGUAUUGUUUGGUCUUAAAGGCAUAGCGCACUUUAUUUUUGAUUUUUGUAACUUAUGUGAGAGGUGCUGCUUUAGAUUUGUAUUAUAACUGUGUAUAUUAGUUUUAGCGCCAUUUUUACUUGUUUUUUGGUAUGUCUGUAUACCAGCAUGUUGGCUUUCUUGAUUCCUGGAAUAGGGUUUGGAGUGUGGGGAUACAUUUAAUGUGUUGCCAUUAGAUGACCACUUACCAUCAUUGUCUAGGUGUAAUCCUAGUGAAACUCAUAUACAGGCUGUAUUUUUAUGAUCACAAAAGGCAGAGUAGUGCACAUGGAAGAAAAAUUAUGAAGAACAGCUUAAAACCAGGUUAACUGAAUGCACUUGCAUACCAAGAAGUUUAGAAAACAAUGGAAUUAUGGCCACUUUAUAUAUUUUCUCAGCAAAUCGUGCUUUAACAUUUAAAACCAUGCUUAUUUAAAAAAAUAAAAAAUAAAUCUCACACAAUCUCUGUGUCAACUCAGUUAGCCCGAGACCGGGUUGCAUUCUGGUAAAUCAAACAAUGAAUGAACUUUAAUACUAAAGUCCAGAAUGACAUCAGCACUUUUUCAUGAAGUUUUUGCUUGUCCAUUCUGCCCGGUGCAUUUUGUCACGUCCAGUUUAGUGUAUUCUGAAUAAACACUUCCUAAUCCCUAUUGAAGAAUAAUGGAGAGACUAUACUUAUUAUAGAAGCCCCAGGUGUGUGCUACUCUACCCACUUGCAGUUGAUGUAUGGCUUGUUUCUCAUAAGAACAAAUAAGAUAUUGCUUGAAUCCAUUCCUUCAGACAUGGGAAUCUGCUGAUCAUUAUACACUGUGGCUAGAUAUCAAUUCCUUACUUUCCUAGAAUAAAGACAGUAUGCUAAUUAGAGUAGACAAUCCUUGGAGCAAUGUUUACUGUUUGAAAGCAAAUUUUAUUUAAUAGAGUUAUAUUUAUCAGUGUAGUUAUGCUUUUAUUAACGUAUGUUUCAUAUUUGUAUAUCAAUGUUUUUCAGGACACAUUUAUUACUACUGCGGAGUCUGAUUCCAGGUAUGUAUUGAUUUCCUAGUGUUGGUUGGACAGAUGCAUACUGAUCUAAAUGUGUAAUUUCCACAUGGUAAGUUCAGUUACAGAGUCGGUGGGACGUUUUUAACUAUAAUUUAUUUAUCUUCUUGUCAAACAACUCCAAAAUGGCAAAACAAAUUAUAGCAAAAAAACUUGGGAGCAGUGCCAUUAUGUCUGUAUAUCAUUUUCACUACAGUAAAUACAAUAAAUUGUCAUUGGUAUGGUUCUUAAAAUGCUCUUUAGUUGUUCUUUUCAACUAGCAUUGACUUUUAAAGGGACACCCCAGGCACCAAUAGUACUUUAUGGCAUUUUAUAGUUUUUGACCUCCAUUAAUUUGCUGUAUUUUUUGCUUUCUCAAAUCUUUACAGAUUUUUGUAAAAUAAAGAAAUGUUUUGCAGAAUGCUGCACCAUAAGCCCACAUCUUUACCACACCCCCUCACACACAAAAGUUCCUUAUCAAUGUAUGCACACAGUUAAGCCUCUUACAGUACUGAUUGACCUGAACAAUAAAACCACCUGCAUUAGUAGGAGAGCACAGCCAGGGAGGCACAUAGUAAAGAAAUCACUACCGGUAUGUAGUUUCUCUGACUCUGCAGCCAGGUUGUGAAUUAAAAUCUGCUCACUCAGUGCUGUUGGAGCUGAGACUUUGUGCAUACAUUUGAUAAAGAAGUCUUUCUGGCUUGAGGGAGAUGGAUAAGGAGGCAGGGUUCUGGUUUCAGAAUUCUUAAAAACUUUUUUUUUUUUUGUGUGCAAUAACUAUAAAGAUUACAGCAUGCAACAAUACAACAUAUUAAUACAUUAAAAUUGUAUUGAUGGCCAGAAUGUCCGUUUAAGUAUGUUACGAGUGAUUUAUAUCUCCCCGUCUGAUGCACCAAUUGACUGUUGUUCAUGUUAUUCUAGUUGGUGGAGCAAUUGGAUUAUUCCAGGUUUGUCUGCUGUCAUUGUUGCCUUGAUGUACCGUUUCUACAUGGCAGAGGAAUAAACUCUGUCCAACAGAAAUCUAGGGAAGGAAAUCGCAAAACUCUGGACCAGAAAGAACUUCCACGUUUUACAAUGGCAAAAUCCGUUUAGUACAAGAGCAAUUACGUUGUGCCACAGAACUGUAUCUUUUUACUGACUGAUUCAUCCACAUCCCACUUCACCUUUCAUUGAAUUGAAAUGGCAGUCUUGUCCUGUUAUCAGCGUUUAUUUUUUUUGGGGGGGGUUAAUAUACAGGAAAUUGUUCAACACCACCAGCCUCAACUCGUCUAUAAAUACCACAUAUACGUGAAUAAAUUAUGUAAAAUAUCUCAAAAUAUUGACAUAUUGGUAAGGUUCACAUAGCUUGUCAUCUAAAGAUGUUAUGAUCUACUCUGUACUUCUAAUUACAUAUAAUUAUGCUAGUAGGUAAACUCGUGUAGAAUAAAAUCCAUAUUCUAUAUAUACAUUUUUUUUUAACUUUGUGUUUCCUCUAUACCAGAAUAUUUUCUUGUGGUAAUAGUUGGUGCUGUUUUCAUGUUAUAAUAUCUACCCCAACCUAUUAAAGAUAAUGAUAAUGAUUGUGUUUUAAUUGUUGUACAUUAAUGUUUUUACACUACUUAUAACCUUCUAAAUAACCCAGUGGAUUUGUUACUUUUGUUCCAACACUAAAUAAAUUGAACACAAUUAUUUCAGAUCAUUAAUCUACUUAAUGAACCAGGAUUUACAAUUAAACAAAACCACUCGAUUUGUUUUCCGUCCUCUUGAGCACUCUUCCUGAUCUGUUUAUAUAAAAAAAAAAAAAAAGCCUUAAAUGUGGAAACCAAUUGUAAAUGCAGAACUUGUACUUGUGAUCUUAUGACAAUGAUUUGUUAGUAAUUUUAUGAUCUUUGGACUUGGAAAGUCACUUGCUCUAUCUAUAUGCUGCAUAAAAACUUGUAAUCAAAUAUCUGACACACCUGAUGAAAUAUGAGUUUAAGAAAAGACCUAGCAUACCAUGUCAACCAUUUGAUAUGGUCUUAAUAAAAAAAUAAAAAAAUAACCAUUUUUAUAUUUGUGCACUGUUUUUCUUGGAAAUGCGUUGAAAAUUUGCAGACCUUCACGCUUUCAUUUUAUCCUUUAC